AUGAUCAAAUUGGAUAUUACUACACAAAAUAUGGAAAGUUACGUCGAGAAGGGACUUGUGAAAAUGUCGAAAAAAGAACACGACAUCAUCACAGACCUUUUCCCGGAGUAUUACAAGAAAGUCAUGGCUAAGUAA